AUGCUAAGGCAUGUUGGCCAAUAUGGAUCGCCACUUCACGGUGUACGUCCUAGAUGUGUUGGCUUCUUGACACCUCGUAGCAGAGUGCAGAGAUAUGCUUCGGUGACGAACAUAGAAAACUUUCCUGCAUUGGGAGAGCAGUUACAUGGCUUCACCCUCAAGCAGAAGAAACACGUUCCAGAACUCCAUCUGACUGCUUUACAACUCGAGCACGACAAGACAGGCGCUGAGUAUCUGCAUGUGGCACGUGAAGACAAGAACAAUGUGUUCGCUAUCAAUUUCAAGACCAACCCAAUAGACCGUACUGGUCUUCCACAUAUACUUGAACAUGUUACUCUCUGCGGAAGCGAGAAAUUUCCUGUUCGCGACCCAUUCUUCAAAAUGAUGCCUCGCUCUUUGGCCAAUUUUAUGAAUGCUUUUACCUCUUCCGACUACACUUCCUAUCCUUUUGCUACCACUAACGCUCAGGACUUCAGAAAUCUGGCCUCUGUCUAUCUCGAUGCUACGCUUCAUCCACUGUUGAAAAGGACUGAUUUCCUGCAAGAAGGAUGGCGCUUAGGGCCGGAGAACCCUAAAGAGCCAGCCACUGAUGAAAAUACCAUUUUCAAAGGUGUUGUGUACAACGAGAUGAAAGGUCAGAUGUCCGACGCCAGCUACCUUUACUACAUUCGCUUCAGAGAACAUCUAUUCCCGUCUCUUGAAAAUUCUGGCGGAGAUCCGGAGAAAAUGACCAACUUGACUCAUGAGCAGCUUGUGAAGUUCUCGAGGGAGCAUUAUCACCCCAGCAAUGCAAAGAUCUUCACCUACGGCAAUCUGCCUUUGGCUGAUCACCUUCAGCAGGUCGACCAGGCACUUUCACAGUUCAGUCGUGCUGCUAAAGAUGCAGACCUGAAAGGACCAAUCGACCUUGCUGAUGGUCCGAUCACCUAUGAAGUAUCGGGUCCUCUCGACACAAUGCAACCCGCCGAACGACAAACCAAAUCAUCUAUCUCCUGGUUAGGAUGUCAAUCCUCCGACAUUGUCGAGAACUUCUCAUUGAGCAUAAUGAUUUCGUUACUGAUGAGUGGCUACGGCUCACCUCUAUAUCAAGGCUUGAUCGAGUCUGGGCUUGGCACGAAUUUUAGCCCAAACUCGGGUUAUGACUCUUCAGCUAAGCUGUCUGUGGUCUCGAUCGGCUUAGAUGGAAUGAAGGCAGAAGAUGCAAAGGGUCUUAGGACGACUAUUCGACAAAUACUUCGUGAGAAGGGCUCAGAGGCGUUCCAGCCUCACAAGGUCGAAGGCUAUAUGCACCAGCUUGAGAUCGCACUCAAGCACAAGACUUCCAGAUUUGGUAUGGGUUUGUUGGACAAGACUAUGCCAGGCUGGUUUAACGGCACAAGUCCAAUGGAUGGUCUGGCAUGGAACGAGAUCAUUGAUGCUUUCAAGGCGCGACUAGCAAAAGGGAACUUGCUUGAAUCACUAAUGGAGAAAUAUCUCCUGAACGACAAAUCGUUACAGUUCACUAUGAACCCUGCCGAGUCGUACAAUGCUGAGCUUGAAGCACAAGAACAGCAGCGGAGAGCAAAUAUACUGGAAGCACAAACGAGAGCAGCAGGUAGUUCUGAGGCUGUCUUUGAGCAAUUAGGCAAACAGGAGAUGGAACUGUUGGCAGAGCAAGAAGACGCACAGCACAGUAACUUGGAAACUCUGCCAACUCUUCACGUCAAGGACAUACCAAGAGAGAAAGAGAAAAAGUCGCUCCGCUGGGACACCAUCGGUCAAUCCAGGACGUUAUGGAGAGAAACCGACACGAACGGCAUCACUUAUUUUCAGGCGAGAUACCUCAUCGAUCAAUUGCCGGGCGAGCUUCGCGCACUGAUGCCCUUGUUUACUGAGAGCCUGAUGCGCCUAGGCACUAAAUCCAUGUCUGUGGGCGAUCUGGAGGCAGAGAUAUUGCUCAAGACUGGCGGUAUCUCAGUUGCACCUUUGCUUGCACCUAGCCCUUUCAGCAACACUGAGUAUAGCGAGGGACUUACAUUCGACGGAUACGCGCUCGACCGCAAUAUGCCUGCUAUGCUUGACCUUAUGAGAACCAUCUUGCUUGAGGUCGACUUCGACGCACCUCACGCUACAUCUGCCAUUCUAGAAUUGCUAGAAUCGAAGACCUCGGGUGCACUGGACUCAGUGGCUGAGAUGGGUCACCACUUCGCAGUAUCUUCGGCUGCCGCUGCCCUGUCGGAGCGUGCUCAAAAGAGGGAACAACUUUCGGGCCUGUCCCAAAUUGAAUUCAGUGCAAAACUGCUCAGAUCUGCUAGAGCAGAUCCUCAAUAUUUACAAGAACUCAUUGGGAAACUAAAACUCAUUCAAAGGAUAGCUGUAGCUAACUCGGCCGAUUUGUCCAUGCGUGUAGUCUGUGAACCCUCAUCGGUUUCGACGAACCAGGGACUCAUUCAGAAGUUCACCCAACGUCUCCCACAGGCACAGACAGCACCAUUUGCGGAGUAUUCCUCGCAACCCGUGCCAGGCUCAACCUUUUCGAGAAACACAUUCUUCAACAUGCCGUUUCAGGUAUCAUAUACAGGAACUUGUAUAAACACAGUACCGUUCGGAUCACCAGACAAAGCUCCUCUCACCAUACUAAGUCAGCUGCUUACACAUAACUUCUUACUACGGGAGGUUCGAGAAAAGGGUGGUGCCUAUGGUGCGUCUGCCAGCACUGGACCUAGCCGAAGUCUUUUCACCAUGUCGUCUUAUCGAGAUCCCAAUCCACGUAAUGCGCUGAACAUCUUCCGGAAAGCUGGCGAAUUCGCACAAGAUCGAGCUUGGAGCGACCGAGAACUGGAAGAAAGUAAGCUCAGUGUCUUCCAAGGUAUCGAUGCACCCACCAGCGUAAGCAGCGAUGGUGCGAAAGAAUUCAUGUAUGGCAUUACAGAAGAGAUGGAUCAACAAAUGCGAGAGCAACUCCUCAGUGUAAACAAAGACGAUAUACAACGCGUUGCACGAGAUUAUCUCGUCAAUGCGAAAGAGGAGGAUGUAUCAACAGCAAUACUUGGUGAGAAAAAGAGUUGGGUAGACGAAGAUAAGAAGUAUCAUGUACGAGGUUUAAAUGUUUCAGCAUAG